AUCACUACUAUUCCUUCGUUCACACAACUCCAAUCGCUAUAGAUCAACCUUCACCAUGCGCUUCUCUCAAGCCGCGUUGGUCGCCAUUCUCGCGGCCACCACAGCUGCAAAGCCUAUUGUAACCCGCCAGUCUGCCGAUUUAAAGGCAGUCCAGGAUUACAACGACUGCAUCGAAGAGCACAAUCCAUCCAAGACAUGCACCCCUCCGCCAAUGAAACCUGAACCCAAGCCCGACAACAAGCCUGAACCAAAGCCAGACAACAAACCCGAGCCCAAGCCUGAACCCAAGCCUGAUAACAAGCCUGAUGACAAACCCGAGCCCAAGCCAGACAACAAACCUGAACCCAAGCCAGACGACAAGCCUGAACCCAAGCCAGACGACAAGCCUGAACCCAAGCCAGACGACAAGCCUGAGCCCAAGCCAGAUGACAAGCCUGAACCCAAGCCUGAACCGAAACCAGACAACAAACCUGAGCCGAAGCCAGAUGACAAGCCCGCUCCCAAGCCAGAGAAGGAGGAAGAGGAGAAGCCGAAGCCGAAGCCCGACGGCAAGCCAGAUGAAUACCCCACCGACGGCAAGCCUGAGAAGGAGGAAGAAAAGCCCCAGCCCAAGCCUGACGAAAAGCCCGACGAUAAGCCAGAGAAGGAGGAAGAGAAACCCAAGCCGAAGCCCGACGGCUACCCUACCGACAAACCUGAGCCAAAGCCUGAGCCAAAGCCUGAAAAAGAGGAGGAGAAGCCAAAACCAAAGCCCGAUGGCUACCCUACCGACAAGCCUGAAAAGGAGGAAGAGAAGCCUAAGCCUGAUGGUUACCCUACUGAUAAGCCUGAGCCAAAGCCUGAGCCAAAGCCAGAGCCAAAGCCCGAGAAAGAAGAGGAGAAGCCAAAGCCAGAGAAAGAAGAGGAGAAGCCGAAGCCUGACUACAAGCCUGAGCCUAAGCCUGAGAAGGAGGAAAAGCCUACUCCCAAGCCUGAGCCUAAGCCUGAGAAGGAGGAAAAGCCUACUCCCAAGCCUGCUCCCAAGCCUGAGAAGGAGGAGGAGAAGCCUACCCCCAAGCCUGAGAAGGAGGAAGAGAAGCCUGCUCCCAAGCCUGCCCCCAAGCCCGAAACCGACAAGUACGUCUUUGACGAGGAGAUCACUCUCAAGUGCGAGGGUGGAAAGAUUGUCAUCACCGGCCACGCAUACUAA